ACCACCUCGGAGACAAUCAUUUUUGCGCUUCUCCUCCUCAUCCCACCGUAGCUUUCCCAUUGGUCCUCCCUGAUAAGUUCCCUCGUGACCUCCGAUUGGUAGCGGAAAGAGCCCGCAGGAGGGGGAGGAGGAGACGAGUGGGGCGGGGAAAGCGUGAGUGACAGUCCUGGAAGUCGCGGCGGCGGCGACUGAACCCCGGGUCUGGUUACUAGGGGCGACUGUACUAGAGACGUUACUCUAGAGGAGAGAAAAGGUACAGUGGGACCUAAGAGUUGAGAUGCCACUGAGAUGGCUGAGCACAGCAUAAGCUUUAUGUUCCUGCAGCACUAGGGAUAGAUGGAGCAGAGCCUAUGUGAUGCUGGAUGACGCCCAGCUCAGCAACAACAUGGCUCACUUUGAUACAGAGUAUCAGCGGCUGGAGGCCUCAUACAAUGAUUCUCCUCCAGGAGAAGAGGACCUGAUGGUUCAUGUUGCUGAGGGCAGCAAAUCUCCCUGGCACCACAUUGAGAAUCUGGACCUCUUUUUCUCUCGUGUCUAUAACCUGCACCAGAAGAAUGGCUUCACUUGUAUGCUCAUCAGUGAGAUCUUUGAAUUAAUGCAGUUCAUCUUUGUUGUGGCCUUUACCACAUUCCUUGUCAGCUGUGUUGACUAUGACAUCCUCUUUGCCAACAAGCUGGUGAAUCAUAGCCAGCAUUCCAGUGACCCCGUCAAGGUGACCCUGCCAGAUGCCUUCUUGCCUCCCAAUGAGUGCAGUGCCAGGAUCCAGGCCAAUGGCUUUCUCCUCUCUGUCCUGGUGAUUGCGGGGGUCUUCUGGAUCCAUCGGCUAGUUAAAUUCAUCUACAAUAUUUGCUGCUAUUGGGAAAUCCGCUCUUUCUACAUCAAUGCUCUCAAGAUUCCCAUGUCCAAUUUGCCCUACUACACCUGGCAAGAGGUACAGGCACAGAUUGUGCAAAUCCAGAAGGAACACCAGAUUUGCAUUCAUAAGAAGGAGCUGACAGAGCUGGACAUCUACCACCGCAUCCUGCGCUUCAAGAACUACAUGGUGGCCAUGGUGAACAAGUCGCUCUUGCCUGUGCGCUUUCACCUUCCCCUGCUGGGUGAUACAGUCUUCUAUACCCGUGGCCUCAAGUACAACUUUGAGCUCAUCUUCUUUUGGGGUCCUGGCUCGCUCUUUGAGAAUGAGUGGAGUCUCAAGGCUGAGUACAAGCGAGGCAGCAACCGCCUGGAGCUGGCUGAAAAACUGGGCACCCGCAUCCUAUGGAUUGGCAUUGCUAAUUUCCUGCUCUGUCCACUUAUCCUCAUCUGGCAGAUCCUCUAUGCCUUCUUCAGCUACACCGAGAUUCUCAAGCGAGAGCCCGGCAGCUUGGGUGCUCGCUGCUGGUCCCUCUAUGGUCGCUGCUACCUGCGGCACUUCAAUGAGUUGGACCAUGAAUUGCACUCACGCCUCAGCAAGGGCUACAAGCCAGCCUCCAAGUACAUGAACUGCUUCAUUUCACCUCUGUUCACCAUUGUGGCAAAGAAUGUGGCCUUCUUUGCUGGCUCCAUCCUCGCUGUCCUCAUUGCCCUCACAAUUUAUGACGAAGACGUGCUAGCUGUGGAGCAUGUCCUCACUACUGUCACCAUUCUGGGUGUGGCUGUCACUGUCUGCAGGUCCUUCAUUCCAGAUCAGCACCUGGUGUUCUGCCCAGAACAGCUGCUUCGGGUGAUUCUUGCGCAUAUCCACUACAUGCCUGACCAUUGGCAAGGCAACGCCCACGGUUAUGAAACCAGGGAUGAGUUUGCCCAGCUCUUCCAGUACAAGGCGGUGUUCAUCCUGGAAGAGCUGCUCAGCCCCAUUGUGACUCCCUUGAUCCUCAUCUUCUGUCUGAGGCCUAAAGCUCUGGAGAUCAUUGAUUUCUUCCGCAACUUCACUGUGGAGGUGGUGGGUGUGGGAGAUACCUGCUCCUUUGCCCAGAUGGAUGUGCGGUGGCAUGGACACCCGGCGUGGAUGUCAGCUGGGAAGACAGAGGCUUCCGUUUACCAACAGGCCGAGGAUGGCAAGACAGAGCUGUCCCUCAUGCACUUUGCCAUCACCAACCCACACUGGCAACCUCCCCGGGAGAGCACGGCCUUCAUUGGCUUGCUUAAAGAGCGUGUGCACCGUGACAGCAGCCUGGCACUGGCCCAGCAGGCUGUCUUGCCUGACAACGCGCUCUUCACUUCCAUUCAGUCCCUGCAGUCGGAAUCUGAGCCACACAGCCUGAUUGCUAAUAUGAUUGCAGGCUCCUCAGUCCUGGGCUACCAGGCAGUCCGAGAUACGCAAGCCUCGCGGCAUCUCUCUGCUGUGUCUGAGGUGGCAUCUGCCCUGCGUUCUUUCUCCCCUCUUCAGUCUACUCAGACAACUCACAGGAGUUCCCAUGCGGAUGGUUCCCAACUUCGGGGCCAUGGCACAAUGACAGGCUCAGGGGUUGAUGCCAGGACAGCUAGUUCUGGCAGCAGUGCUUGGGAGGGUCAGCUUCAGAGCCUGAUCCUUUCAGAGUAUGCCUCCACUGAGAUGAGUCUGCAUGCGCUCUAUAUGCAUGAGUUGCACAAGCAGCACGCCCAGUUGGAGCCUGAGCGGCACUUGUGGCACCGGCGGGAGAGCGAUGAGAGUGGCGAGAGUGCCCAGGAGGAGCCUGAGGCUAAUCAGAGCACCCCAAGCAGCACCAUUCCUCGUUCAGUCAGCUAUCCUCUUGCCUCGCCUCGCCAGGCUGGAGAUGAGACAGCUGCUCUGCAAGCUGGCUUCCAGCGCCGAUAUGGUGGUGUCUUGGACCUCGGCAUGGUGCACAGGGCCCCAUCACACUUCGCUCGGUUGCCUCUUGGGGGCUGGGCUGAGGAUGGUCAGACUGCUCGACACCCAGAGCCUGUCCCCGAAGAGAGCUCAGAAGAUGAAUUGCCACCUCAGAUUCAGAAGGUAUAGCUGUGAAGGCUGAAGAUCCUAUGGGAGUUCCAGAUUCUGGGCCUACCUCAGCUGGUGGGACACUGGGUUACCCUGCCCUACAAGGUAUGGGUUGGCUCAGGUGUCCAUGUCCUGGAUGUUGGUGCCAGACGGAAUAAGGUAUGAAGUCAGCAGUGCCUUCGUCGUGGGCAGAACUCUAUCCAGACAUGUAUCAUGCCAGCAGCACGCUAGCUGGGCCUAGGCUGGAUGUGUGUGAUUACAUAUAUUUGUCCGUGUCUGCAUACGUGUUGUCCAUGUUGGAGAAUCAUCCAAGACCUGCACAGAAUGCCACGGAGCACACUACAGAGCAGGGAGACUGGCUGGUACACUGAGCCUGCCUGAAAUGUCCUGUAGUGAGAGGAGGACCUGCUGUAUGGACCUCGUUUAGUGGCAGGAACAGGUGUACCACUAUAAUUAAAAGAUGCAAUCAGGAGACAGAUUUGGACUCAGGAAAGAAGGGCUGCGAGAGAUUAUUUUUGUAAUGGGAAUGGGUCACAGGCUUCCUCCAGUGGCAGAGCCUGACUCAGAUAGAAGCUUUUCGCACACAAAUGGGUGCGUAUCUUCCUCUCUGCUUUACCAUUCACUCACUGAAGCCAAGCCUAAAGGGGCACCCCUGGCAGUGCCAUCUCCACUAAUGCUGCAGGAUUUGUCUGCCUGUGGACACAGUUGAUUCUUCUUUGUUUGGGGGCCACAUUUAUUGCAAUAUAAAAGCACAAGCAAAGCAGAGUAUUGCUUCACACCCCUUACCAGGGUUUGCUUGCACCAGUCUCUGAAGGGAGCAAAGUCACCUUCACAAUUACCAAAUAACAUCAGUCUUGAAAGCCUCAUUCUUCAGCCUGAUGGUUCCAUUCUGAGGAAGCCCCUUGCUCUCACCUUGUUCAUCCUGUUAGGAUUUAGAAUCAAGUAUGAAGCUCUGCCCCAUGUACUGUACUUGUGUGUAUGAGGGAUGGGUGGAGGAGGGCAAUUCUUUUCAACCCACCAUCAUGCUAUUUAAAUGUUUCCCAGCUCCCCAUACCCUGCUUGGGUUCUUCUGCAAACUGGUGCUGCCCCACAUGUCAUAAUCCCUUCCAGGUGGAUGCCUUGAUGGUAAGCAGAUCUCAUGGAGGUGCCAGCAACAUAAGGGUUCACAUAUGCCAAAUAUAUUACUGGUCACUAUAAAAAAAACUGGGAAAGGGGUGGGCUUCCACUUCUUAUGGAAAGAGCUGGACUUUUCACCCUGCUUCACAAGGCAUUAUUUUGAGCUGUCUGUAGAAGCACUGCUGGUUCUACUGAUUCUCCCACUUUUACUAAAGAACUCCAUUCCCCCUCCUCCAUUGUGCUUUUCUAAUUUUUAUGGGCUACCUGAUCCAAGCCAAACAGUAGAAGACCUCAUGGUUUGCAUAGUAGACAUCACCAAGAUAGCCCAGUAAAAGCAUUGCAUUCAAAGAGGGUGUGGUACUAUCCAGCCAUCAUUACAUAGAGUAAUGCUAGCCUCUUACCAGAGCUGCAGGUCCCAACAUGCCUUGGUUAACCCUGUAAGUUUAACUCCUUUCUCUUCUCUGUGGGGCCAAACUUGGAACACUUUUUUUACAGUGGCUGCUGAAACCUCCAACAGCCGCUUGCUAAAGCUCCUGCUGUGUCGGGGGAAAGCAGCUUGCCAUUGCUAUUACAGGAAAAAAAAUGCUUCCUUACUACCUGUGCCACAGGCUAGGUUGCACAGAGGUCCCUGUACCAUGGGCUAGCCUUAGAAGCAACAUUGUAGGUUUUGGGUUCUAUUUUCUUUGCCCUUUUUAAGAAGCAAAGAGGUUACUUGCACUCAGCGAAUAAGGGAUUGGUUGCAGCUGGAAGCACUCCAUGUAGACAGCAGAUUAUACCUGCAAGGAACACUGCCCUGUUUCCUCUGCCAGUUUUACAAAGGGAAGGUCAUUGGAAUUUUGGGGUAGAUGCCGAGAGCGAGGUUGGUGAGCAGCAGCUUCAAGAUGACAAGAGUUUAGAUGUGUGGAUAGAACUGGGAUUUCCCCCCUUAUAAUUGGUGUAUUUGAAGGAAUUCAAAAAAAAAGUUCAAUAUUAAUUUGCUGUCUUUCUCACAGUAUAUACAUACAUCCUGGACUGUACAAAGAAGGAUAGCUUCAUAGAUUGCAACUUUGAUCAGUACUGGCCAUGUAUGUGCUACUGAAGGAAUUGGGAAUCUGUAAUUUGCUAAAUGUUGGAUUUGGAUCCAAUAAACACCUGGAAGGCCACAGGGUCCCUGUCCCUGCACUAUGAGGAUCAGCUACAGAGUACCCAUAGUAGCAGAGAUCACCCUGCUCCAUUCUAGUCGAAAUACCUGCUGCCCUAGCCUAGCAAUUAAAGGGAACAUUUUCUAAAAACAUUGGGGUGGGAAAUCCAGCAGUCAUAUAUUAUGCGUGUUUUGAUUUUGCCCCAUCUCUUUGUACAUGGUACUAGAGAAGCUGCCUGUGAGUUAUGUGGAGCACUGAAAAUGGUUUGUAACACAAAGCUUAUGUCUGACAUCCUGUACAAUGCUGUAUCUACUGAAUAAAGAGGGGUGUUCCAUUCUUUGA